UUGGUGCUCCUGCUCUCUCUCUCUCUCUCUCUCUGGGAAGAGUUGGUGCUCCUACUCUCUCUCUAUCUCUCUCUCUCUCUCUCUCUCUGGAAAGAGUUGGUGCUCCUGGUACAGCUCAGUCCCAGCGGCCAAAAAAUGAUUAGAAUAAAGGGUUCAGGGUGGGAGAUAUCAGUCUUUGGCUCCAACAGGUUUGACCAGACAACUCCCUCCUUCACUCUCUGUGUGAGAAUUUGCGCUCCUGAGACUCACUCAGAGAGGACAGCCCAUAGAGCCUAAGUGGUGUUCCAGAUGCUGCAGCUCUUCUUCUGCCUGAGUGUGUGUGUGUGACAGCGACAAACACACUGGCCCCCACAGCCCGACCAGCAACAGGAUGCGUUUCCUGAUAGGAAAAUGGUCAGAGGGGGGCAAAAGGCGGACCCUCUCCUCUGUCCUUUUUUUCUCGUAAACCCUCUCUAUCUCUGUCUGUUUACCUACCCUCUCUCUGUCUUUCUCUCUGUGUCGCCAAACCUAUUAUAGUUAUUUUCUGGCUCUGAAACAUCUGUGUAAGACGUGGAUUCAGAGAACGAUAGAGCCGUGGGGAUUUGAGGGGCUGUGUUUGUAUGGUCUGUGGCCAUAGAGAGCAGGCUUUUGGCUGCCAGUGCAGUGCUACAUAGCAUGGGUCUCUGCAAGGCAAGCUUGGCCUCAUUUUUCCCCGCCAGUGAGUCCCAAGGCCCCUAAAGAUUCCGGGAAUUUCCUGUUGCCUAACUUUAAUAAACAAACCCACAUCUGUAUCAGCUAAAGAGAGAAGUUGGAGGAGGGGGAACACAAAUAGGGUCCAGAUGGGUGUGGAAUUUGGAAUGAUGGCGGAGUGAAUGGGGGAUUGAGGUUGAUGUAGAUGAGAAAGAGAGCGAGAGAGAGAAUAAGUGUGUGUGUGCAUGCAUGUGUGUUUGUGAGAGAGUUGAGUUGGAUCUCCCUGCAAUCAUUCUUCUAUGCCUAAUCCCCCGUGGCAAGCAUAUAUCCAAGACUUGGCUUCCUGCCCUGAGCUCUGGGUCUGGAUUCCCACGCACAGAUUUAUACCGCUGUCUGUGAUUUAAAUCAAUGUUUAUGUGUAAAAGCGGUUUAGAAGAGAUUUAGAGAUGUUGAUUUGGUUUGAUGUUGAAAGUGGAGCCUAAGGCAUUGUGCCAGAAAUCAAUGGCUGACUUGUAUAUGCAAGAAAUCAAAUGGCUAUAACAUAUACUUUCAACGUUUUACUGAAUGACCUUGAAUCAAAAAGGAAGUUGUUUACAAUGUUUUCCUUUUUCCAAUACUAUGUUAGUCAAUAGUUUUCCAUUCUCUAUUGCAUUAUGGUUGCUGAUCUUAUCUUAUUCCUAAUAUACUUUAUCAAACAAAAUGUCUCCCUCUAAUGUCUAUGAUCAAACAAAAUGUCUCUCCUCUUUCUCUGCACUGAGGCAGAAUAGGAGAACACGGCGAGGAUGUGUGUGAAGAACCGCCAUCUGGAUGUGGCCCGGGUGUGUCUGGAGAACAUGGAUAAUGCCAGGGCAGUGCGGGCACUACGGGAGGCCGAGACCAAGCCUAAACUGGAGGCUGGCAGUGGCGGUACUGGCCCUGCAGCUGGGCAUGCUGGAGGAUGCAGAGAAGCUGUAUAAGAUCCGUGGGCGCUUCAACCUCCUGAACAAGUUCUACCAGGCAUCAGGCCAGUGGAAGCAGGCGGUGGAGACCGCAGAGACCCACGAUCACAUCCACCUCAGGACCACCUACUAAAGCUAUGCCAAAUACCUGGAGGCCAUCGGACACAAGAGCAUGGCCCUCGUAUUGUAAUGAGCCAGUUUAGCACUGAUGCUAUGACUGUUAACAUUUGAUAAGUUAGCAUUUAAUUUGACUAUGUUAGCAUUUGAUACAUGCAGCAAAUCAUUACUGGUCUACAGUGCAUUAGCAUUUUCACUUGAACCUUGUUCUUGUGUAUACAAAAUAUAUGAAAUGCAUGGUUAUCUGAAUGCAUUUAUAACAUAUCAUCUUAUUUGUAUGCAUUUAUAACAUAUAAUCUUAUUUGUACAGUAUGGGUAGAUUUAUCAAGGCAACAAACUAUCAUUAUAGUAGAUACAGGGUUGGGUAGGUUACUUUCUAAAUGUAAUCUGUUAGUUACUCAGUUACCUGGCGAAAAUUGUAAUCAGAAAUGUAACUAUUGGAUUACCCAAACUCAAUAACGUAAUCUGAUUACUUUGUUACUUUUGGAAUACUUUUCCCUUAACUUAACUUCCCUUAACUACAGAAUCGGCGUUCCGAAAUCAGGACAGUUGCUGCUCAAUAUGCUAUAUGUGACUAGAAUGGCGUUGUAAACAACAGCCAACUUUCCCGGGACAUGGACAUGUCUUAUAUCAUCAGAAAACUUAAAUGAUUGUUAAUCUAACUGCAGUGUCCAAUUUACAGUAGCUAUUACAGCAAAAAAUACCAUGCUAUUGUUUGAGGAUAGUGCACAACAACAAA